AUGAGAAGAUAUCGUUCCCCGUUGUCUAGCAAUGAAGAUGAUACUAAGACAAUGAUGAACAAUGAAGUUCUUGUUCAAGAAUCAACAUACAAAUGCAAAACUUGUGGUAAGACUUUCAGCAAUGGAAAAACAUUAGGUGGUCACCGAAGAUCUCACUUUCUCAAGAUGAAGCGUAAUCAUCAUCAAUCACAAGGUAAUGCUUAUUUCAAUGAUGAUAGUUAUGAUGAUGAAGAAAUCGCUGGCAAAAAGAAACAAACUUGUUAUAUUUGCGAGAACAAGUUUCCAAUCAAGAAUGUUUUUUAUGGUCACAUGAUCAGAUCUCAUCUUGAUGUGGUUUCUAAAGGAGUUAGUCCUCCUUCAAAUUAUGAUAUUCAAAAAUCUUUUUCAUCUAACAGUUCUAAAUAUUCUACUCAACAGAAUAAAGAAGAUAAUCUUUCUUUACCAAAAUGGCAAAAUAGAGGUAAAAGAGGAAGAAAAUGUAUUGGUGUUGUUGAGGGUGCUACAAAUCUUUUACAUCUUAUGUCUAAUAAGUACUUUUGUACUUUGUCGAUUGAUGAGCAAAAGAGUCCUGAAUUUCCCCUUCCGAUUAAGAAAAGAUAUUGUUCUGUUGACGAGUCAUCAUCAAAUGGGAAUGGAAAGAAGGAACUUAUUGUGAACAAGAAUAGUUUCGUUUUGGGUUGUUCAUUGAAGAUUGAAAACAAAUGUGAUGGUAAUGGUGAUGAGAGUGACAACAAUGAUGAAGAGAAAAGUAAUGAUGCCGCUACUGAACAAAAUAAAUUGAAUUUUGAUUUGAAUGAUUCAUAUCUUGUGGAGGAGUAA